AUGAAAGCCGUCUCGGCGAUCUCCCUCUUCUGCACUUUGGUUGCAACUGCGUCCGCGAGCAUCACCAAGUCAUCUUCGAUUCUUCCAUCCCCCACUUUAUCCACCCCUAUUCCCUCCUCUUCGAGCAGUGAUUCGUCGAUAUGUUCUGGAAAUACAGCAACUACGCGCGAUGAGUGGUGUGACUAUGAUAUCAACACGGACUAUACCACCACCGUCCCGGAAACAAAUGUUACCCGCGUGUACUACUUCAAUUUGGAGCAAGUGACAGUUUCCCCCGAUGGUCGCUCAAGAUCAGCCGUUGCCAUCAACGGGUCUAUCCCCGGUCCCACAAUCGAGGCCAACUGGGGAGAUGAGGUCGUUGUGCACUUAACCAACAGUCUUCCCGAUUCCCUACAGAAUGGGACUAGCAUUCACUUCCACGGCAUCCGUCAAUUCUGGACGAAUCAAAACGAUGGCGUUGUGUCUAUUACCCAGUGCCCUACUGCGCCCAACAACACAAUCACCUAUAAGUGGCGUGCGAUGCAGUAUGGCACGACCUGGUAUCAUUCCCAUAUUGGCUUGCAGGCUUGGGAAGGUCUUUUUGGUGGUAUUAUUAUUCAUGGACCCGCUAGCGCAAACUAUGAUGAGGACAAGGGCGUUAUUAUCAUGAACGACUGGGAUCUCAAUACGGUUGAUCAGCUCUUCAUAACCGCUCAGAAGGAUGGCCCCCCAACGCUUGAUUCUGGGUUGAUCAAUGGAACUAAUGUCUUCGGAUAUGAUGGCAAUGCCAACCAAACUGGUACUCGUUUCAAUACCUCCUUCACGGCCGGAACCUCAUACAGACUUCGCUUGGUGAAUGCAGCGUGUGAUACUCACUACAAGUUUUCAAUUGAUAAUCACACCAUGACUGUCAUCGCCAAUGACCUCGUGCCCAUCCAGCCAUAUGAGACAAACGUUCUCAACAUCGCCAUGGGACAACGGUACGAUGUCAUCGUUCAAGCAGACCAAGUCUCCGUGGCCAAAAACUUUUGGCUACGAACUAUCCCCCAGAAUGCCUGUUCGGAAAAUGCAAACCCCACGAACAUUAAAGGCAUUGUGUACUACGGCGACUCACCCUCAACACCAUCAACAACAGGCUAUGCCUACACGGACAGUUGCGAUGAUGAGGCAAUGUCUGAUCUGACACCUAUCAUCAGCGAAUCUGCAUCAAGCCCUUUCUACAAUAAAUCUGAGCCAGUCUCCCUCGGAAAGAACGGGGCUAGCCUUUUCCGAUGGAAACUCAAUUCAACCUCCAUGCACGUCGAUUGGGAAGACCCAACUCUUUUGGAAGUCUACGAUGGCCACCACAGUUGGGCCAACGUCAGUGGCGUCAUAGAAAUCCCCCACAAAAAUGUGUGGAUUUAUAUUGUCAUCGAAACUACCCUGUCUGUGCCACACCCCAUUCAUCUACACGGACAUGACUUUAUCAUCAUUGCCCAGGGAACUGGGACUUACUCAGGCGGUGUGACUACUUUGGCCAACCCGCCGAAACGGGACACGGCUAUGCUGCCAGAGAAUGGUCACUUGGUCAUUGCGUUCAAGACGGAUAAUCCCGGUGCUUGGUUGAUGCAUUGUCACAUUGGAUGGCACACUGCAGAAGGAUUCGCUCUGCAGUUUGUGGAACGAUACAGUGAGAUCAAGCCAUUGAUUGACUAUGACGAUCUUCACGAUAAUUGUAGAACGUGGAGUGCUUUCCAGAAUAAGCUGAGUGUGGAGGAGGAUGACUCGGGGGUUUAA